AUGACCGAAAAUCCAAGACUGAUAGAAUAUAUAAAUAGACGCAACAGAGAACAAGAUCUGGAACUGGAGUACGCGGCGGCCGAGUACGAGCGCCUCAAGAAGGAGUACGAGAUCUUCCGGGUCAGCAAGAACCAAGAGCUGUUGUCCAUGGGCCGCCGUGAGGCCAAGCUGGACACCGAGAACAAGCGACUGCGGGCGGAGCUGCAGGCACUUCAAAAAACUUAUCAGAAGAUACUUCGGGAAAAAGAAAGUGCUCUAGAAGCAAAAUACCAAGCAAUGGAGAGAGCAGCUACAUUUGAACGUGACAGAGAUAAAGUUAAAAGACAAUUCAAGAUUUUUAGAGAGACCAAAGAGAAUGAAAUCCAGGACUUAUUGAGGGCCAAGCGAGAGUUGGAGAGCAAACUUCAGAGACUACAGGCUCAGGGGAUCCAAGUAUUUGAUCCUGGGGAGUCUGAUUCUGAUGACAACUGUACAGAUAUUACUGCUGCUGGAACUCAGUGUGAGUAUUGGACCAGUGGAGCUUUGGGGAGUGAGCCCUCCAUCGGGAGUAUGAUGCAGCUUCAGCAGUCCUUCAGAGGCCCCGAGUUUGCUCAUAGCUCUAUAGAUGUGGAAGGACCCUUUGCAAAUGUCAACAGAGAUGACUGGGAUAUCGCUGUGGCUAGUUUAUUACAAGUGACUCCUUUGUUUUCACCUUCUCUAUGGAGUAAUGCUGUCAGAUGUUACCUCAUUUAUACAGAUGAAACCCAGCUGGAAUUGGAUCUUUUCCUUAAGGGCUAUUCACCUAAGCUUGAAAGCGUGUGUGAAACAAUGGGAUAUUUUUUCCAUGCUGUUUAUUUUCCAAUAGAUGUUGAAAAUCAAUACCUCACUGUAAGAAAAUGGGAAAUUGAAUAUAGUUCUUUAGUUAUUUUAUUCAUUCACUCAACUUUACCAAGCUUUUUAUUGGAAGACUGUGAAGAAGCCUUUCUGAAAAACCCUGAAGGCAAACCACGAUUAAUUUAUCAUCGUUUGGAGGAUGGGAAAGUCAGUUCCAACUCUGUCCAGCAAUUGAUUGAUCAAGUUUCUAACCUAAACAAGACCAGCAAAGCCAAGAUCAUUGAUCACUUAGGAGAUCCUGCAGAGGGAAUAUAUAAAACUUAUAUUUGUGUGGAAAAGAUUAUUAAACAGGACAUAUUAGGCUUUGAGAACACAGACUUGGAGACUAAGGAUUUUAGCAGUGAAGACUCCAUUCCAGAAGAAGAUCAUUUUGGUGAUGUUCUGUGGGACAUACAUGAUGAACAAGAGCAAAUGGAAACUUUUCAGCAGGCUUCUAAUUCAGCACAUGAAUUGGGAUUUGAGAAAUAUUACCAACGCCUCAAUGACCUAGUGGCAGCACCAGCCCCAAUUCCACCUCUUCUCGUGUCUGGAGGACCAGGUUCUGGAAAGUCUCUUCUUUUGUCAAAAUGGAUUCAGUUACAGCAGAAGAAUUCUCCCAACACCCUGAUUCUUUCCCAUUUUGUGGGGAGACCCAUGUCAACCAGCUCAGAGCCUUCCUUGAUUAUCAGACGACUAACUCUAAAGUUAAUGCAGCACUCCUGGUCAGUAUCUGCCCUGACUUUGGAUCCUGCUAAGCUUCUGGAAGAAUUUCCACGUUGGUUAGAAAAACUCUCUGCUCGUCACCAAGGCAGCAUCAUCAUCGUUAUUGACUCUAUAGAUCAGGUUCAGCAAGUUGAAAAACACAUGAAGUGGCUAAUAGAUCCACUGCCAGUGAAUGUACGAGUCAUUGUUUCUGUGAAUGUCGAAACAUGCCCGCCAGCCUGGAGGUUAUGGCCAACCCUUCAUCUUGAUCCUUUAAACUCAACAGAUGCAAAAUCUAUUAUAAUUGCAGAGUGCCUCUCUGUAGACAUUAAAUUAAAUAAAGAGCAGGAGAAGAAGCUUGAACGACACUGUCGUUCUGCUACCACCUGCAAUGCCCUUUAUGUCACCCUUUUCAGCAAAAUGGUUGCAUGCACUGGGAGAAUAGACAAUUUAGAUAAAAUCCUUCAUCAAUGUUUCCAGUGUCAAGAUACUGUCUCAUUAUAUAGACUUGUUCUGCGCUCUAUCCAGGAAUCCAUGGCAAACGAUGUGGAUAAAGAACUAAUGAAACAGAUUCUUUGCCUCAUCAAUGUUAGUCACAAUGGUGUGAGUGAAUCAGAACUGAUGGAACUCUUUCCUGAAAUGUCCUGGAUUGUCUUGAUCUCACUUAUUCACAGUUUAUACAAGAUGUGUUUGUUGACUUACGGUUGUGGUUUGCUCAGGUUUCAGCAUCUACAGGCAUGGGAAACAGUGAGACUCGAGUACAUGGAAGAUCCCACUGUCAUUUCUUCACAUAGGCAGAAGCUAGUCAACUAUUUCACCUUGCAGCUAAGUCAAGACAGAGUGACUUGGAGAAGUGCAGACGAACUACCUUGGCUUUUUCAGCAGCAGGGAAGUAAACAGAAGUUGCAUGAUUGCCUUCUCAAUCUCUUCGUGUCCCAAAAUCUUUAUAAAAGAGGACACUUUGCUGAGUUGCUGAGUUAUUGGCAGUUUGUCGGCAAAGACAAAAGUGCAAUGGCAACAGAAUACUUUGAUUCACUGAAGCAGUAUGAGAAAAACUGUGACGGCGAGGAAGACAUGAUUUGUUUAGCUGAUCUUUAUGAAACCCUGGGACGAUUUCUCAAGGAUCUAGGCCUUCUUAGUCAGGCUGUGGUGCCUUUGCAGAGGUCUCUAGAAAUUCGAGAAACAGCUUUAGAUCCAGAUCACCCAAGAGUAGCCCAGUCACUGCACCAACUAGCAAGUGUGUAUGUGCAGUGGAAGAAGUUUGGCAAUGCAGAACAACUCUACAAACAGGCACUGGAAAUUUCAGAAAACGCUUAUGGUGCAGACCAUCCACAUACUGCUCGUGAGCUUGAGGCACUUGCAACUUUGUACCAGAAACAAAAUAAAUACGAACAAGCUGAACAUUUUAGGAAAAAAUCCUUUAAAAUUCGUCAGAAAGCUACAAGGAGAAAAGGCAACUUGUAUGGAUUCGCCUUCCUACGCAGACGGGCAUUGCAGUUAGAAGAGCUCACAUUAGGUAAAGACACACCAGAUAAUGCUCGGACGCUCAAUGAACUAGGUGUUCUCUACUAUCUUCAAAAUAACCUGGAGGCAGCUGAACAGUUUCUGAAGCGUUCCUUAGAAAUGAGGGAACGAGUGCUAGGACUGGAUCACCCUGACUGUGCCCAGUCUUUGAAUAAUCUGGCGGCUCUAUGCAAUGAGAAGAAACAGUAUGAUAAAGCAGAAGAACUUUAUGAACGAGCUUUAGACAUUCGGAGACGGGCCUUAGCUCCUGAUCACCCUUCAUUGGCAUAUACAGUGAAGCAUCUUGCAAUCUUGUAUAAGAAAAUGGGAAAACUGGACAAAGCUGUACCUUUGUAUGAAUUGGCUGUUGAAAUUCGACAGAAAUCCUUUGGUCCAAAGCACCCUAGUGUAGCUACCGCCUUGGUAAACUUAGCUGUGCUUUAUAGCCAAAUGAAAAAGCACCUUGAAGCCUUGCCAUUAUAUGAAAGAGCAUUAAAGAUUUAUGAAGACAGUCUGGGUCGGAUGCAUCCUCGAGUUGGAGAAACCUUAAAAAAUUUAGCUGUGCUUAGCUAUGAAGAAGGGAAUUUUGAAAAAGCUGCCGAACUGUACAAAAGGGCAAUGGAAAUAAAAGAGGCAGAAACAUCACUCUUGGGUGGAAAAGCUCCUUCCCGACAUUCAUCAAGUGGAGACACAUUUAGCUUAAAAAGAACUCAUUCUCCUAAUGCUUUUCUUCACCCAGGACAAAGGUAACAAACAGCAGCAGUUAUCAUUUUUUGCACAUGCGCCUUUGGAGAAAAUAAUUGAACACUCAGAAUGUUAGAAUUUAAAACUUAAGAAAAUGUUAUUUGUACUGCUUUGUGUGACUUAACUAUUUGUAUAAAAUAUAUAGGGUAUCAUUAAGUUUGAGGUGUGAUUGUGCCUGUGUUGUUCGAAACAAUUUUCCCACUGCAUGGGAUCCGAGGAUGCAGACUCAUUCGAAUUCUAAGACGACAGGUGAGCUGACCACGAGGAGCUGUGUUCAUCAAGAGCUGGCAGAAGGUCUGCCAGCAGGAGCUCACUGAUACCAGGAUUCAUCUCCCAUGAGCUACAUGAGCCUCCUCAUUCCUUCUCUUGCUUUUCAGCAGCAGACUGGCCCAGUCCUCUACCUCAAAGGAAAGCGUCAAAAGAAAGGGAUCAUGUUUAUGAAAGUUUGCAUGUCUUCAGCCAAAUAAAUGUAGUCACAGGAAUCUGAUUGCUUGUUUUAAAAAAUUCUUUAUGCCUUUUCCUUGAGCAGAUCUGGCCAGUACCUCUGCUUUCUAUGUUCUCUACACUGUAAGUUGUUAAUUUCUGGUUAGUAUUUAUCUGUGUAAUGUCUGAAGUCAUUAAUGAGGUAAUAGGUUAAGCGCUCAAAACGUGGAUAUGACGGUCUCUUCUAUUUUCUUUUUUUAAAUGGCUUAAUCUGUGUCUUCAUUUACCUCAAACUCAAAAUACUCUGCCAUUUUUAUACUGAAAACUAUUUUUAUAAAUUUUAUAAAUAUCUCCACAUUUUGGAUAUUGUUUUUGUGCAGUUUAUGUAUUUAUACAUAUAAUAAAACUUCAUAAAUUUCAGUACUUGUAUGAUUCCAACAUGUAUUCAUUAUAAAAGUGAAAGUGUAAUAAUCAUACAUCACUACUUUAAAACAAAAAUAAAAUUUCAAGUUUUCUUCUCCCUACUCUGAUUUAUACAGUGGAUCUGCAUUUUGACUAAUUAUUUACAAAGCAUACCUAAAGCUUUAAGAAAAAAUGAACAUUGUUAAUAGUUACUGAGUAGUUUGCCCACCUUGAAGAAUUUUGGUAGGUCCACAAGGUUUUUGUAAUGUUCUCUGAAUCUCAGCUACCUACAGGGUAGUCCAUGAACUACCUGGCAAGUAUCACCAUGUGGGAUGAUUAGAAAUUCAGCCUCUUAGACUUUUCUCCAGAAUUGCUGAAUCAGAAUCUGCUAGAUUACCCCAGUGAUUUAUAUGUAUGUAAGUGUCAGAAGCAGUAAGCGAUGGUGUAACUCUCAGGCACUAUAGUGGUAAUUUAAGAAAAAUUAGGAUCUUAUACGCAUCCUUCUUCAAGAGGGAAAAAAGAAGAUAAAACAUAACCAUAACAUAUCUUUCUGGGUUUGUUAGAUAUCAAAAGCACAAAGUAAUUGAAUUCACAAAUGCACCAGAUACUGAUUUUAGAAUGAGAGUUUAAAGGAA